AUGAUAUCCUUAUACCUGGUCAGUGCAGCCAUAUCUCUAAUGGCAACCUUUGCGCAUGGCUUGCCUUUUGGACCAAUACUGCCCAAGAUCACGAUCCGAGAGGAGUCCAUACCAUACUUCCCCCGACCGACAGGUCCCAGCGUUGGAAUUCGACGAGAUACAUCCUCAGCCACGACCGGCAUGGAACAAAUCUUCACAACAGGUGCUGGAACGCACGGGAAACGAGAGCGAACACAAAGACUAGAUGUCGGUGCGUCCAUCAGGAGUGACGAGCACGCUUUUCGCAAUGCAAGAUUCAUUCCCUACCGUCCCGCCGACACCCUACGUGUGCACAAUCUAGCGUCUCCAACGACAUCGACAUCGGAGGAAGAUCCAUCAAUAAUAUACCUAUCCACAGGAAUCAUCAGCAGCAGCAGCAGCCCACUGCCGACGGGGAUUCGGACUCUCCCUCCCACCACGGCGAUCUCGAUAGCUGGUGCACCAGCGCCACUUCCAGCGGCUGCCUCCACGACACCGGCUGCUGCGUCGAUUUCGGUUUCGAGUACCAGCACCAGCACCAGCACUGGCUGUCCGUUCGCAUCUACCGGUGCAAGUCAAUCAGAGCAACCAUUGCCGGUGAUAGUCACCGUCAUUCCCGCUGCGUCGAGCACGAACACAGUCACAAGCACGCAAUAA